AUGGCAGACUCAUCUCCGGAACGUUUGGUGGCGCUCAUCGUCGACAUUUCCAAAACUGCUGCGCCUGUAGCCUACCUCGGCUGCGUAUGCUGUGAGUGGGGCUCUAUUUGGGCGUCAAGUAGAUGUCGCAAGGCUGCUGGCUCGAGGCUUGACAGAGCUGAUGAGCUCGCCCAUCCACACGCCUCGUCCCGCGCGUCGCGUCGCAAUGCAGUGGGAUUGGUCAUCGGCGACUUCUUUGGUGCGCUCGAGUGGGACUUGGCGCUGGUGAGAGAGUGCAAGACGAGGGUGAUGGCGGCCUACUUUAUGGCUCGAACGUGUAGCGUGAUUGCGCUAUCUGUUCUCAUUGCCCUCAUGAGCGCCGGAAGCUUCAAAAUCGACAUUUGCCGGCCCCUCGCGCACGUGCUGUCCACUUUCAUCGCCUUGUCGACGGCAUCAGCUCAGUAUCUAUACGUGGGACGAGUCACGUCUAUUUGGCCGGCGCGCCCGUGGGUCAGGUUCCUCAUGCUCCUCACCUGGUCCCUCUCAGCCCUGUCCUGGAUUCCGCUCAUCGUCUUGUUUGUCAGCGUGCAGAAUCCAGUUGGUCUGCUGGUGUGCAUCCCCGCCGAGCCUGUCAGCGACCUCGUCUCUAUUCCCUACUUUUUCAACAUGGCUUACGAUCUCUUGGUCUUUGCCUUGAUCAUCGUUGGCUUUUACCGCCAGGGCAAGCUGAACGUUUUCAAACGCGGAUCGACCAACAGCGACUUGACGCACCGUCUAGUUGUCACUACAAUACUGUACCUUACUAUCCUGUCACUGUUUUUCAUCGGGCAGACCAUUGCGUUCUGGGUGGCCGAGGCGCCAGUACGCAGGGUUCUCUCUGCUCCUCUCCACACUGCCCUUGUGUGAGUCACGCGCAAGUCGCGAGGAGCAAUGUUUGCACUACUGAUAUGUCCGGCAUUCCAUCCUCAGGACCAUCAUCUCGUGCUGGCUGUUCAGAAACUUGCGACAGCUAGCGCGUAG